AUGACAGCUGAACUUGAUGAACUCCGGAAGAAGUUAGAGUCGCUUCAGCACUCUCACGAUGCGCUGCUAAAGAGUUUGUCAGCAACAAACGACACGUUCAAGCCGUCAGAAACUUCACAAAUCCGCCGCGGAUCAACACGGCACAGCCGUGAUGCCAUCUUUGCAGAUACUUCGACUCUAUCGGAUGAUAGCAGCGACGAUGAAGAUGACUACUUUGUUCAGGGCGAACUACCGUCACAUUCAUUUGACCAUGAACACCUACGCGACCACCUAAGGACGCACAACUGGACCGAUCAUGGCCGACAGGUUCUUGCAUCUAUAAUCUCGGAUCCCGCGAAACUUUCCAAGGAGCCUCAUCUAUUUCAUAUGGGGCCAGGACCAGCAGAAGACCGAUCACAUUACUCGCAUUUCCAGGUCUACAAUGUCGGCCCGAACGGGUUACCAGAGCCAGUCGAGGUUACUGCCCCCGAGAACAACAUGUCAAAAGCUACGGAGAUAUGGCACAGUCUAAGGGAUAUUGGCAAGCGGCAGGACGAGGCGGUUGUCGGACGUAUCACAAUUGCGCGAGAGCCAUCUCCUAUCUUAUUCGGUGCGCUCCAUUUGACCCUUCACGACGCUUUCGACAUGGAUGAGUUGUUUCAGCAUCUUGUCGAGACCGAGGCAUCAUCUGCACACAUGUUCCGAGCCUUCAAUUCAAACCCCAAGCAUCAGCGAACUUUCUUCUUCAACUUCGAGUACUAUACGAUCGUUGGAGAUGAAUGCAGACCAAUGGAAUGGCAGCGGGCCGAUAAGGUGACAAGCGAAAAGGAUCACCACAUUCCGCUGAGUCGAUGUAGUGCUGUCAUUGCACUCGUCUUGUAUGACGAUCAACCUCGCCGCAUUCGUAACAAGGGAAGAAGGGCAAAAACACAGUUUGGAUGGGUGCACGAUGUAUGGAGUCCUUGGCAGGUACUUCAACUCGAGUGCUUUCCCGAUUGGAAAUCUACGCCAGCAGAUGGACGACCCUACACCUUUGAAGCUGGCCACAAGUAUCUCAAUGGAGCGGAAGCAUUCUUACAUGCCCUUUUGACCGAAUACCGAGAUGCCAGGAAACGGUUCGACGAAAUAUACAAGCGUAUCACCGACCUGGUCACUCCCCCUUUGGGCUUCUUGUUCAGCGAGGAACUACGAGAGAACCGUCUUUUCGAGGACAAAGAUUUCACCUGGACGCGUCGCUACUUCUACGCCCACCAAACUCUCGGCAAUGUCAACAACAGUAUUAAAUCGAUGAUCGACUCAUUCGAAGACACAUUCACCGAUGACAUCUGGGAAGGCGAGAGCAAAACCCUCUGGCCGCUAUUCGACGAGUCGCCACGUAACGAGCACUGGAAACGGCGGUUGCGGUUACUCAGACUACAAUUCGAGCGACAAAUGAAGGAACUUCGCAUCAUCAUCGCCGAGAACAACGAAAGGCGACACGAAAUCGAGACGUUACAGGAGCAGUUGUUCUCUGGAACCAGCAUCCAAGAGUCGCGGAAGUCUGUUGAGUUGGCCGAUGUCACAGUGCACCAAGGCUACAACAUCAAAGUCUUGACUAUUGUCAACCUCUUCUUUAUGCCCCUAACUUUCGUAACCUCCGUCUUCGGCAUGACAAACAUGCCCGGCGACGGCUCCCCCUUCUGGCCCUUCGGCAUCGUCCUGGCCGCAAUCUGUAUCCCCUUCUUCAGCAUCAUCGGCUUCCUCUCGACAAAAUACGGCUACUCGAUGAUGGCGCAAAACCCCGAAUCCGCUGGUUCGGCCGCAUAG